GAGCCGGUCGCGCUGGGUUUCCGUCAGUCCCGUCGCUGCUUCUGCCUCGCUCCAUCUUGGACCGCAUCUGAGCCCUCCUCCCGCAUCGACGCCCAGCGCAUGUCGUCGGGUUGAUCUUGCCCCCCCCCCCGCUCAGUCCAGCAACCCCUCUCUGCUCGCACGCCAUGGCUCUCGUCCGCUCGGCGAUCUCGGGCACUCGCCUCCUCCGCGCUGCUUCCGGGCUGGGCGCUCGCUCGAUCAGCAUCGCUCCCCUUGCCGUCGCCAGAUCUGGCCGCCUACAUGCCUCGUCUGGCCUCCUAUCCGUCGCAGGGUUUGCUACCUCAUCCGGACCCGGCUCUCAGGCCGCCCCGCCCUCCUUCCUCUCGACCGCAGCCCGCUUCUCCGCAGUGCUCUUGGUCUCGGCCGUGGCAUUCUACUUCAUCUUCCCAACCGAGGAUCCAGACACCGCCGGGGCGGUCCACCGGCACGAACCUUCCUCCAAACUGUCCACGAAUCUCUCCAAGCUCGGCGCAAAACUCCUCUCUCCCGCCGAAGUCACCGGUAUCCUGGAGCACAACCAGUACGACGUGUCUAUCGCUGUGCACGAUCUGGUUGCCCCAAAGUCUCCCGGUUCAGCUCCUCCAAGCCCGCCUGUCGUGCAGUACCAUAUCAACCAAGUUGCCAGCAACCCUGCCAUCGAGGACUAUCACUGCGAGGACCAGCUUGACAAUGGUGCCGUUGUCUUUGGUAUCUUUGACGGCCAUGGCGGCCCCCAUACCGCCCGCAUUCUAUCGCGCGAGCUCUCGAGCUACGUGGCCCAUGCGAUCAAGAAGCAGUCCGAGCCGUCGAUCUGGUCCUGGAUCUGGCCGUCGCCCGAGAUCUCCCGCAAACAGCUCAUCACGGAUGCACUGAAGGAGGCUUUCAGGGCCAUGGACUCGGACCUGGUCAAUGCUGCUUUCGAGCCGGAGACUCCCGACCAGGCCGGCCUUGCAUACAUCCUCGCGGCCCUCCGUCCUGCUGCAUCUGGGUCGUGUGCCAUCCUGGCCUACAUCGAGGGCAAUGAUCUGUACGUCGCCUGCACGGGCGACAGCCGCGCCGUCGUGGGCCGGAGACAGACCGAUGGCAGCUUCGAUACCAUUCCGCUCUCGGUCGACCAGACGGUGAAGAAUGCCCGCGAGUACGGACGGUUGCUCGACGAGCACCCUGGCGAACUGGAAACGGUGGUCGUCAAGGGCCGUGUCCUCGGCGGACUGAUGCCCACCCGAGCCUUUGGCGACUCGCGUUACAAGUGGCCCGUUUCUGUCCAGAGGUUGGUGUGGCCGCAUCUGGGAAAGCGUGGGUGCCCGCCCCACUACUACACCCCGCCCUAUGUCACGGCCGAGCCUGAAGUCGUCCACUACGAGCUCGAUCCCUCCAAGGACAAGUUCCUCGUGCUUGGCUCGGAUGGUCUCUAUGACGAGCUCUCGAGUGAGGAGUGUGUGCACCUGGUCGCCGGCCAGCUCGAGCGCAAGCGGCUCGUCCCGCCGCCCGCAUACCCGGCCGAAGCCAGCAGCCAGCAAAAGAACCUGCAGUUCAACGACCUCAGCCCCGAGCGUGUCGCCGGCUUCAGCUAUGUCGACGAUAACCUCGCAACGCACUUGAUCCGUAAUGCCUUUGGUGGAAAAGACGACGACAAGAUCGGCCGACUGCUGGGCAUCCCUGCCCCGCACAGCCGUCGCCACCGUGACGACAUCACCGUGAACGUCGUGCUCUUUGGCGGGCCUGAGAACCAUGCUAGCUUGGACGACCAAAGUGCUGCAAGCUCGUCAGCCUCAGCCCCAGCCUCAGCCUCAUCCAAGUCUGAACAGCCGCCCCGGCUCCGUCUCGUCGGGACCGGUAGCUUUACCCAGCGCAAACAGCGACUAAAGGAAUAUGUCCGAUUCCUGGCGGUCGCUCCCCGACCCAACUGAGCCUGGACUGAGCAAAUACAGCUCGAAAUCUUGGUUUCUUGGCCCAUGA